AUGGUCGAUAUCUGGCAGUUGGCAAAAGAACGUCUCAAUGCACAGAAGCGGAAAGGCAAUCUGCAAAUGGAGGGUGAUGCGAAUGAAGGUGCAGAAGGUGAAGUUUUUAAAUUCGCUUAAUUGCAGGGCAAAAGUCAAAUGAUAUUGCGUUUUCUGGAUCGCAACGAAAACACAAAGCCGACCAUCGCACUUGAGUAUACGUAUGGACGCCGUACAAGAGGAAUGAUCAAGGACGUCGCAAACAUUUGGGAACUUGGCGGAGGGACUUCAUUAUUGAAUUUGUUCGAUAUUCCGUUAACGAAGAAAAAUAUUGAAAUCAGCUCAGUGCUGAUCGUUGUUGACCUGAGUAAGCCUGAACAAAUGUGGAAUACUUUUUACGAUUUGCUGAAUGCGAUUCGAAAACGUUUGGACGAUAUAAUGAACGAAUUGAACAAAUCCACACCGUUCGUUUACGAACGUAUCAUGCGAACGCACAAAAAACGGUUCAGUGACCAUCAGGAUGCAUCCAUGCUGAAACCACUUCCGAUUCCAUUAGCAAUUGUCGGUGCUAAAUACGAUGUAUUUCAGAAUUUCGAGCCCGAAAACCGAAAGAACAUUUGUAAAAUCCUCAGGUUCAUGGCACACUCAAAUUUUGCUUCAUUACAGAUGUUUAGUACCCAAAUGGAGAAUCUUGUGAUUAGAUGUCGGGCUCUCAUAAGCCAUAUGGUGUUCGGAACAACAGCCGUUAAGACGAUCAAUACGGACUUCAAUAAACCACUCUCAAUCACCGCUGGUUCGGAUUGUUUCGAGGUAAAAGCACUUGAUCCAUGCUUGAUGAGGAGGAAUUUUUUGAAGAAGAUUACGUUAAUCCAGGAGAAUACCCCGGAGAAUCUUUCGAACUAA